GUUUUUGCUGAAGGAGCUUCAGAGAUCACCUGGUCCUACCUUGCAUUUUCUGGGUGAAGAGACAAGACCAGGGAGCCAAGUACCCUGGGCCAGCGCCACACCACGUCAGGAGCACAACCAGGGACAGGGCCCAGGGUCAGGGCCCAGGGCUCCUGCUUCACAGGCCAGGGUUCUGCCUGCUGCUACACCUUGCUUUAGAGUUUCAGGACUUCCCAGAUGCCUGGUGGUUGGUGAUUAGACCUGGUCACACAUUCGGGGAGCAGCAGUGGGGUGGUGAAGUGGAGAGGGAGAGAUCCUAAAUCCUGACAGAGCGUCAUGGAGCCCAGUCCUGGCCGACUCCCAGAACUUGAAGCCACCAGACCCCACAUGGAACCAAGGGCCUCCUGUGCAGCUGCUGUCCCCUUGGUGGGGAGACAGUUCCAUGUUCUCGUGGGUGUCACUGGCAGUGUUGCAGCCCUGAAGUUGCCUCUUCUGGUGUCAAGGCUUUUGGAAAUUCCUGGUCUGGAAGUAGCCGUGGUCACAACUGAGAGAGCCAAACAUUUCUACAGCCCACAGGAUGUUCCUGUCACCCUGUACAGCGACGCCGAUGAAUGGGAGAUGUGGAAGCACCGGUCUGACCCAGUUCUCCACAUUGACCUACGGAGGUGGGCAGACCUCAUGCUGGUGGCUCCUCUUGAUGCCAACACCCUGGGGAAGGUAGCCAGUGGCAUCUGUGACAACUUGCUUACCUGUGUCAUCCGGGCCUGGGACCCCAGCAAGCCCCUGCUCUUCUGCCCUGCGAUGAACACCACCAUGUGGGAGCACCCCGUCACUGCACGGCAGGUGGACCAGCUCAAGGCCUUUGGCUACGUUGAGAUCCAGUGUGUGGCCAAGAAGCUGGUGUGUGGAGACCAAGGUCUGGGGGCCAUGGCUGAGGUGAGCACCAUUGUGGACAAAGUGAAAGAAGUCCUUUCCUGGCACUGCGGCUCCCAGAAGAGUUGAACUGGGAUUUCUGUCACAUGCAUCUGUCUGUACUCAGCGUGUUUCAGGCCGAGUUGGUGAAGAAGGUGGACAUUGGCAAAAUCCGGUGAAGACUCCUACAUUUGCUGAGUAGGGGUCUGGCCUGGGUCUGCUUUGGACCCUCCCCAGGGGCUUGACGUGCCCCAGGUUGAAUUAGACCAAAUCCAGACUUCUUUCCAACUAGAAGACACAUGCUUUCUGGAGCUCCUUCUUGGGGUGGGCACGGGCAGCCGGAGGAGUCAGCCUCUGUGUCGCCCUGUGCUCUUGGAAGGGGCCUGAGAAGUGACCGAGAAACCUUGAUUCUGCAUCAUUCCCGGGAGCUGCUUUCAGAAACAGUCGCUGUGGAGACCCCCAGGGUGGUGGGCCUUGGCCAGGCCUUCGGAGCUUCAGCCCCUUAUGGGGUGCCCAGGUCCCACACGGAAUAAGUUAAGCCUGCUCACACGUGGGUGAAUUGGCACGACCCUUAGAUUUGCCCAGACCAUGCUGUGAGAUUGGGGGUACUGGGGAAUAAAGAAAAGCGACCUUUG